UCUUCAACUGCAAGUUUCUAGAGAGAGAGAAGUGAAAAUCCAACAAAAAAAAACAAAAAAAAAAACAAAACUUGGACAAAGGGUUGCAGCGUUCGGCUAUGGAGGAGGUGAAGAAGAAGAAGAAGGAAGAGAUUAUCAAGUCGGAGGAUCCUAGCACAAGCGGCGGCGGCGGCGGCGGGAUUUUCCCAUUUUCAGAUAAGAUGAGAUUAAACGGAUUCUUCGAUUUCCCAGAUGGUGAAAAGUGUUCUGUUGGCUUCCUGGAGAUGCUUGGUCUUAAUAAUCAUGAAUUCAAGGGCAAUUCUUCCCAGGUUUUGAAUCCUCCGGCCACCCCCAAUCGUUCCUCCUCCGUCUCUUCCGCCUCUACCGACGCCGUUAUCGACAACCCACAACAACAACAACAAAAUCCCACUAAAAAAUCGAAGAAGAAGGUGAAGAAGAAGAAGAAGGAGAAGAGAGAGAAGGAGGGAAGAUUUGCAUUCAUGACGAAGAGUGAAGUGGAUCAUCUAGAAGAUGGGUAUCGAUGGAGGAAGUACGGCCAAAAAGCUGUGAAGAACAGCCCUUUUCCAAGGAGCUAUUAUCGGUGUACCACUCCAACAUGCAAUGUGAAGAAGAGAGUGGAGCGAUGUUCCAAUGAUCCAACCAUCCUGGUCACCACCUACGAAGGCCAACACACUCACCCAACCCCAAUCCUUCUUCCACCCCCGCUAUCCACUCCACCCUGCAUCCAUCUUCCACCCAUGCCUUGCCUUCCACCUACCAACAACAAUCAUGAUGGCGACAUUAUUGGAGCGAUGUGUGAUGAGUACACGCAAAACCCGGCGUUCUUGAAUUCCCAGCAUUUAGAAGCGAAUUACACCAUAAACAACCUCAUAGGAGCAAGGAAGGCGGCGGCCGGAAUGCUGCAGCAGAAACGGUUGUGCAACCCAAAUGCUACAUUUCUGGUAGAUCACGGGCUGCUUCAAGAUGUGAUUCCUGCCCACAUGCUCAAACAGGAGUGAAUAUUCAAUAUAUAAUAAUAUUAGUUGAAGUUCAAAAAGUGGUGUUUAGCUUGAAUUUUAGGUAAGGAAGGUAGUGAGUUGUGUUGUUCAUAGAAAAGAUGUUAGAACAACAAAAACAAAAACCCCAUUAAUCAUUUUGAGGUUCAAUUUUUGUUGGUGUCCAACUAAGUCUCUCAUUAGCAAAGCAGAGAAUAUUAUUGCGUUUCAUCACAAAAAUGGAGGUAAAGUUUUAACUUUUGUUGUCA